UGCAAUGUGCAUACUGUACGAAGUUCUAAAUAAUGAAAUUCGGUGAAUUUUGAAUAGAAGUCUGCUUUGCCGACUUGUCAUCUCAUCCGCACGGUUGGACUUUUUGAGGUUAGUGCGUUCUCGCAGUGAAACCGAAGCGAAAAGUUAUGUGACCGAUAUUUUCAUCUCGAAGAAAAACAAUAUUGAUAUGGCAUAUAGGCUGUUGAGUACAUGCAAAAAGCUAGGACGUAUCGGCCGCAUCAUCGUACAGAACCCCAACGAUGCGAAUUUAAUCCGCCGUAAUUUUGCAACACUUAGAUCAGUUCUAAAUGAAUGGCGCCUAUACUGUGAAAAACCACCAAAAGGUUUUGAAAAAUACUUUAAAGACAAACCAGGUACUGCUGCUAAAGAUGGAAAGCCUGCUGCAAAAGAGGCUCCCAAAAAGGAUGGAAAACCAGCUGCUGCUGAGGCUAAAGCAGAUGCCCCAAAACCUUCCACUUCCGGAGCUCCUCCACCACCUUCACAACCAGGAAACAAACCUUAUGACAACUGGUCUUUUGGAUUAUUUGGCGGAACGGGAAAUCGCAGUGGCAGCAGCGGAGGUAAGCCAUUUGGCGACGGCGAUAAGGAGAAAUGGUACAUUUUCGGGGCUGCUGGCGCGGUAGCCUUCCUUGCCACCUUGGCGCUCUGGGAGAUGGGCUACAAGGAAAUUGGCUGGAAGGAGUUUGUACACACGUAUCUCGCGCGGGGUGUCGUUGAUAAACUGGAGGUAGUCAACAAGAAGUGGGUGAGAGUAAAACUAGCAGCAGGCAAUACAGUUGAAGGGAAUUCUGUAUUAUGGUUCAAUAUUGGUAGUGUGGAUUCUUUUGAAAGGAAUCUAGAGAAUGCCCAAAUGGAUAUGAAUAUUGAGCCACCAAACUUUGUACCAGUUAUUUACAAGACCGAAAUCGAAGCAUCUAGUCUCUCUGGUAUUCUGCCCACUUUGUUGAUUAUUGGUUUUCUCAUCUACAUGAUGCGACGCUCGGCGGAGAUGAUGGGUGGUCGUCGGGGUAAACGCGGUGGUGGUUUGUUUGGUAGUGUCAUGGAAAGCACCGCCAAAUUAAUCAAUAGUAAUGAGAUUGGCGUACGUUUUAAGGACGUUGCUGGUUGUGAAGAAGCCAAAAUCGAGAUCAUGGAGUUUGUAAACUUCCUGAAGAAUCCGCAACAGUACAUUGACCUGGGCGCGAAAAUUCCCAAAGGUGCGAUGUUGACAGGUCCACCUGGAACAGGCAAAACUCUUUUGGCGAAGGCCACAGCGGGUGAAGCCAACGUGCCUUUCAUCACGGUAUCAGGCUCCGAGUUUCUGGAGAUGUUUGUAGGUGUUGGACCUUCCAGAGUGCGAGAUCUUUUUGCGAUGGCUCGCAAACACGCCCCCUGCAUCCUUUUCAUUGAUGAAAUUGAUGCGGUUGGAAGAAAACGUGGUGGUAGGUCGUUUGGUGGUCAUUCAGAACAGGAGAAUACACUCAAUCAAUUAUUGGUUGAGAUGGAUGGAUUCAACACCACUACUAAUGUGGUUGUUCUCGCCGCGACAAACCGAGUUGAUAUAUUAGAUAAAGCUUUGUUACGUCCUGGACGUUUUGACAGACAGAUCUUUGUGCCUGCGCCAGAUAUCAAAGGUAGAGCCAGUAUUUUCAAGGUGCACCUUGAACACCUAAAGACCAAUCUUGACAAAGCUGAUUUGUCAAGGAAGAUGGCUGCUUUAACGCCAGGAUUUACCGGCGCCGAUAUUGCUAAUGUAUGUAACGAGGCCGCUUUGAUUGCGGCUAGAGAUUUGAAUGACUCCAUCAACUUGAAGCAUUUUGAGCAAGCUAUUGAGCGUGUCGUGGCUGGCAUGGAGAAGAAAACAAAUGUUUUGUCUCCGGAAGAAAAGAAAACUGUUGCUUAUCAUGAGGCUGGGCAUGCAGUAGCUGGCUGGUUCUUGGAACACGCAGAUCCACUUCUGAAAGUAUCGAUUAUUCCACGUGGAAAAGGUUUGGGUUAUGCUCAAUACCUUCCAAAGGAUCAGUACUUGUACACCAAGGAACAAUUGUUCGAUAGGAUGUGCAUGACUCUUGGUGGACGUGUUUCCGAAGAGUUGUUCUUUGGUAGAAUUACCACUGGCGCGCAAGACGAUCUGAAGAAGGUCACACAAAGCGCCUACGCGCAGGUUGUACACUACGGUAUGAACCCUAAGGUAGGCAAUGUGAGCUUUGACAUGCCCAGAGAGGGUGAGAUGCAGUUCGAAAAACCGUAUUCGGAGAAUACAGCUCAGAUAAUUGAUCACGAGGUGCGAACUUUAAUCGACUCAGCGCACAAACACACUACGAAGCUGUUAACAGACCACAAGGCUGAUGUGGAGAAGGUAGCCGAACGCCUUCUAAAGCAGGAAAUUAUCAAACGCGAUGAUAUGAUUGAAAUUCUCGGCAAGAGACCGUUCCCGGAGAAAUCCACCUACGAAGAGUUUGUGGAGGGUACUGGAUCAAUCGAAGAGGAUACAUCAUUGCCGGAAGGGUUGAAGCAGUGGAACAAGUCUCGCGAUGAGCCCAAAGAUCCAACGUCGGAUCCAGCGAAAGUUUCGUGAUGUGCUUCAUGGAUCGUGUCAGUGUACAACUACAAACUUUUUGUGUAUAGCAAAUACGAUUGUUUUUUUCUACCAUUACUUCUUUCUGUUAUUAUAAGUAGUAAAUUUUAAAUUAUAAAAGAUUAUCGGAUUACUUAUACUACGUUGCUUGAUAUCUUGAAAUAUAAAUCAAAACAGA